UUAUUUGUAUUAUCGAGGAGGGAGGACGGUUAACAGUGCAAGGGGGUGUGUAUAUCUGGGGCAGUGCGCUCAGUGUGUCUGAUCCAGCAAGCUGGCGGAAUUCAAUAUGGCAUCCGGCGAAACGCUGUAUAUAGAAACGGAUGGCUCGGAGAUGCCGGCGGAGAUAGUGGAACUUCACGAAAUAGAAGUAGAAACGAUUCCCGUGGAGACUAUUGAGACUACAGUGGUCGGGGGAGACGAUGAUGACGAACACCAGCCUAUGAUCGCCCUGCAACCGCUUGAUUCAGACGACCAUCACCACCAAGAAGUGAUCCUAGUCCAGACCCGAGAGGAGGUUGUCGGCGGGGACGACUCAGACCUCCGUGCAGACGAUGGAUUUGAGGAUCAAAUCCUUAUUCCCGUCCCCACUUCUGGGGCCGAGGAGGAAUAUAUCGGUCAGACUCUGGUUACUGUUGCAGGGAAAAGCUCCAUAGGGCGGAUGAAGAAGGGGGGAGGCAGUAGUGGCAAGAGAGCGGGCAAAAAAAGCUAUCUAAGCGCCGCAGAAGCCACCGGAAGAAAAUGGGAGCAAAAGCAAGUCCAAAUAAAGACACUGGAAGGAGAAUUUUCUGUUACGAUGUGGGCAUCAGAUGACAAAAAAGACAUAGACCAUGAGACGGUGGUGGAGGAACAGAUCGUGGGGGAGAAUUCCCCUCCUGACUACUCGGAGUACAUGACCGGGAAGAAGCUGCCCCCGGGCGGUAUUCCCGGGAUCGACCUCUCGGACCCCAAGCAGCUGGCAGAGUUUGCAAGCCCCCACAGGUCAGACCCACGCUGGAUGAAGCCACGGAAGGUCAAAGAGGAUGAUGCGCCCCGGACGAUAGCAUGCCCUCACAAGGGCUGUACGAAGAUGUUCCGGGAUAAUUCAGCGAUGCGGAAGCACCUUCACACCCACGGCCCUCGUGUGCAUGUGUGUGCAGAGUGCGGAAAGGCGUUUGUGGAGAGCUCCAAACUCAAGAGACACCAGCUAGUACACACCGGGGAGAAACCCUUCCAGUGCACAUUUGAGGGCUGUGGGAAACGCUUCUCUCUGGACUUUAACCUGCGGACGCACGUGCGCAUCCACACAGGGGACCGGCCCUACGUCUGCCCCUUCGACGGCUGCAACAAGAAGUUCGCCCAGUCCACCAACCUCAAGUCCCACAUUCUCACACAUGCGAAAGCCAAAAAUAACCAAUGAGCCUGCUUCUCUCCUCCCUCUUCUGUCCUCUCUCCUUUCCUAUCCUUUCUCUCUCUCUCCCUCUCUCCUUUCUCUUCUCCCUCUCUCUCUCUCUCUUUCCCUUUCUUUCUU